CUCUGGCUCCUUCUUCCUCCGCAUGUGGCUGGCGGCCGCAGAGCAGUUGAGUUCGCGCACUCCCCGCCGCCCGCGUCUCUCUCGGGCUCUCCUCGCGUCACUGGAGCCAUGGCGCUCGCCGAGACCAACGCGGCGGCAUCGUCCCUGCCCAACGGCGACUGCGGCCGCCCCGGGGCGCGGCCCGGGGGAAACCGGGUGACGGUGGUGCUCGGCGCGCAGUGGGGCGACGAAGGCAAAGGGAAGGUGGUGGAUCUGCUGGCGCAGGACGCCGACAUCGUGUGCCGCUGCCAGGGAGGAAAUAAUGCCGGCCAUACAGUUGUUGUAGAUUCUGUGGAAUAUGAUUUUCAUCUUUUGCCCAGUGGAAUAAUUAAUCCAAAUGUUACCGCAUUCAUUGGAAAUGGUGUGGUAAUUCAUCUUCCCGGAUUAUUUGAGGAAGCAGAGAAAAAUGUCCAAAAAGGAAAAGGUCUGGAAGGCUGGGAAAAAAGGCUUAUCAUAUCUGACAGAGCUCAUAUUGUAUUCGAUUUUCAUCAAGCAGCUGAUGGUAUCCAGGAGCAACAGAGACAAGAACAAGCAGGAAAAAAUCUGGGUACCACAAAAAAGGGCAUUGGCCCAGUUUAUUCUUCCAAAGCUGCUCGGAGUGGACUGCGGAUGUGUGAUCUGGUUUCUGACUUUGAUGGCUUCUCUGAGAGGUUUAAAGUUCUGGCUAACCAAUACAAAUCUAUAUACCCCACUUUGGAAAUUGACAUUGAAGGCGAACUACAAAAACUCAAGGGUUAUAUGGAAAGGAUUAAACCUAUGGUGAGAGAUGGAGUUUAUUUCCUCUAUGAGGCUCUACAUGGACCACCAAAGAAAAUCUUGGUAGAAGGUGCAAAUGCAGCGCUACUAGAUAUUGAUUUUGGAACUUACCCUUUUGUGACCUCUUCCAACUGUACAGUUGGAGGUGUCUGUACUGGGUUGGGAAUGCCCCCGCAAAACGUUGGAGAAGUGUAUGGGGUCGUGAAAGCUUACACAACUCGAGUUGGUAUUGGUGCCUUCCCUACAGAGCAAGACAAUGAAAUUGGAGAAUUAUUACAAACAAGAGGUCGAGAGUUUGGGGUAACCACUGGAAGGAAAAGAAGAUGUGGCUGGUUGGACCUUGUUUUGCUCAAAUAUGCUCAUAUGAUUAAUGGAUUUACUGCGUUGGCACUUACCAAAUUGGAUAUUUUGGACAUGUUUACGGAAAUCAAAGUUGGGGUUGCUUACAAGUUAGAUGGUGAAAUCAUACCUCAUUUCCCAGCAAACCAAGAAGUCUUAAAUAAAGUUGAAGUUCAAUAUAAGACGCUCCCAGGUUGGAACACAGAUAUAUCAAAUGCAAGGACAUUUAAAGAACUACCUAUUAACGCACAAAAUUACGUUCGAUUUAUUGAGGAUGAGCUUCAAAUUCCAGUUAAAUGGAUCGGUGUAGGUAAAUCCAGAGAGUCUAUGAUUCAACUCUUUUAAGGAUUUCCAGUGACUCAAGAAACACUCCUUGAAGGGAGGGGAAAGGACUUUCUUAAAUAUUACAUUUACAAUCUGCGAAGUUCAAGAAUAAAGACAUUGAAUUGAGUUUUAAGCCCUCCAGUUGUUUCCAGUCAUUCAAGAUGGCUAGCUGGUGAGGAGAUACUUUGGCGUGUUCCAGUGUCAGCUGCCUUCGCUGGCAGAAUCGCCGAGUCAUGUGUUGCUCCUGCUGCUCACGGUGCCACGUUUUCUGUCCGUGUUUAGUCAUAGUAUGAUCCAUGUUGUUUGAAAUCUAAGAUAGAAUUCCUUUCAGUGUAGUUUUUCUUCAUUAUCGUCACUGUAUGUUCUUUGGUUUUUACCUCUAUUAAAUGGGAAGAACAAUUAAUGCAGUUUUGCACAAAUAUUUUUUACAUUCUGGUCAUUCAAUUUGUCAUUGUGAUCUUUGCUCUUCGACAAAAAUGAUGAGAAGAAGGGUCUGUAAACUUUUGUAAUGCUAUAAAUUCUCUUUCACUUGUGAACUGUUUAUUUUCUGCUGAGACCAUUGCAAAUUUGAGCUUUGGCAGGGGGGAGGGGAUUAUGUUCAUGUAUCCUUGAAUUUGUACAGAACACAAAACUUGUUUCUCUCUGUAAAUUAUUUAAUACAUUGGACAUUUAAUUAAAUGUUCAGAGAAAGGUGUUCCCUAAAGCAACAAUCUUAAUGUUUAAAAAAAAUUAGUCAUUAAAAGAUCAUUGUGAUAA